CCCGGGACUCACGCUGGACCAGACAAGGGAGCGACUUGGCCGGUUCCAGUUUAAGUAUGAAGUCAUGCUAGAACAACUACUGAGCUGUAAAUUGGAAGGAAGAUAAUUUCUUCUUGUGGAGGAAAAGAAAGGUGAAUAACCUCAAUGGAAGACUCUCAGGAUCUAAGUGAACAGUCAGUGAAGAAGCCGUGUCCAGAGUCCGAUGGUUCAGAGCCGCAGAAUCCCAGGUCUAUGGAAAUGCAGGAUCUAGCCAGUCCUCAUAAUCUUGUUGGAAGUAGUGAUGCACCAGGUAGUUCCAAACUGGAUAAAUCUAAUCUCAGUAGCACAUCAGUCACAACAAAUGGAACAGGAGGAGACAACAUGACUGUGUUAAAUACUGCAGACUGGUUGCUGAGUUGCAGUACUCCCUCCUCUGCAACAAUGUCUCUUCUUGCAGUCAAAACAGAACCCAUGAACAACAGUGAAACAGCAACAACAACUGGAGAUGCAUCGCUUGACACUUUUACUGGGUCAGUAAUAACAAGUAGUGGCUACAGUCCCAGAUCAGCGCACCAGUACUCUCCACAGAUAUAUCCCUCCAAGCCCUAUCCGCACAUUCUUUCUACACCAGCAGCUCAAACAAUGUCUGCCUAUGCCGGACAAGCCCAGUAUUCAGGAAUGCAGCAACCAGCGGUCUACACAGCCUAUUCACAGACAGGACAACCCUACAGCUUACCCACUUACGAUUUGGGUGUAAUGUUGCCAGGCAUCAAGACGGAAAGUGGGCUCUCGCAGACCCAAUCUCCACUGCAGAGCGGGUGCCUCAGUUACAGCCCAGGGUUUUCCACCCCACAGCCAGGCCAAACUCCCUACUCUUACCAGAUGCCAGGUUCUAGUUUCACACCAUCAUCCACUAUUUAUUCAAACAAUUCUGUUUCAAAUUCUACAAACUUCAGUAGUUCACAGCAGGAUUAUUCGUCAUACACAGCUUUUGGUCAAAAUCAGUAUGCACAGUAUUACUCAGCAUCAACAUAUGGUGCAUAUAUGACCUCAAACAACACAGCUGAUGGCACUUCAUCAUCAUCAACCUACCAAUUACAGGACUCUCUCCCUGGCUUGACUAGUCAACCAGGGGAGUUUGACACAGUACAGAGCCCCUCCACGCCAAUCAAAGAUCUUGAUGAGAGAACAUGUAGGAGUUCUGGGUCAAAGUCUCGGGGUAGAGGGCGGAAGAAUAAUCCAUCACCCCCUCCAGACAGUGACUUGGAGCGUGUAUUUGUUUGGGAUUUGGAUGAAACAAUCAUAGUUUUUCAUUCGCUGCUUACAGGAUCAUAUGCGCAGAAGUAUGGCAAGGAUCCACCCAUGGCAGUCACCCUUGGACUGAGAAUGGAAGAAAUGAUUUUUAAUCUUGCUGACACACAUUUGUUUUUUAAUGAUUUAGAGGAAUGCGAUCAAGUUCAUAUAGAUGAUGUUUCUUCUGAUGAUAAUGGACAAGACCUAAGUACCUACAGUUUUGCAACUGAUGGCUUCCAUGCAGCUGCAAGUAGUGCAAACCUUUGUCUGCCAACAGGUGUAAGAGGAGGGGUUGACUGGAUGAGGAAGCUGGCUUUCCGUUACAGAAGAGUAAAAGAGUUGUAUAAUACUUACAAGAACAACAUAGGAGGACUCCUGGGUCCCGCUAAAAGAGAUGCAUGGUUACAAUUAAGAGCAGAGAUUGAAGCUCUGACAGAUUCCUGGCUAACAAAUGCACUUAAAUCAUUAUCAAUUAUCAGCACAAGGAGUAAUUGUGUAAACGUGUUGGUAACAACAACCCAGCUUAUCCCAGCACUUGCAAAAGUUCUACUAUACAGUUUAGGAGGAGCUUUUCCCAUUGAAAAUAUAUACAGUGCAACCAAAAUAGGCAAAGAGAGCUGUUUUGAGCGUAUAGUGUCCAGAUUUGGCACUAACAUAACUUAUGUUGUGAUUGGAGAUGGCCGAGAUGAGGAACAUGCAGCUAAUCAGCACAACAUGCCUUUCUGGAGGAUAUCCAGUCAUUCGGACCUCUUGGCUCUCCACCAAGCACUGGAACUAGAGUAUUUGUAACUGUGUUCUAAAGCUGGUGAUCCUUUUAUAUAUAUAUAUAUACAUAUAUAUAUAUAUAUAUUUCAAGUACACUGAAUUUUUAAGUGUGAUUCAAUGCCUCUGGCUUUACACAUAUGAAUUGUCUUAAGAAGGGAAGAAAUAUUUGGAAUUGAAAAUUCCAAAUUGAAGAAUUCAGAUUGCUGAAUGAAGUUAAAACAUUAGUGCUACGUAAGAAAGCUCUAUGGUCUUAUAUAUGCAACGUUUUUAAAUGAAUUAGAACUGUGGAGGUUGCUGGUACACACCAAGUGAGCCCUGACAGGAGUGAACAAAGGACUCGAACUGGCAAAGCACCAAAACUCAUUUUCCAGCCAACAAGGUGGUGUUCAACAACAUUCCUCAAAAUGGGAUAUAUUCUCAGCACUGAGGUUUGAACCAGACUUUAGCCUACCUAACCCAAAAAAUCUGAAUUGGAAUGCACUCAGACUGUAUAAUGACAAUCCUGUCUAGACCUGUAAUUUGUGUAAAUUAUUGAUGAAAAUAAUUUACUGUGACUUUAUUAGCAGCUGAUUUUGGAAGUGAAUGCAAUUUUUCUUUCUUUUUUUUUGGGGGGGGUGGCAGGGGAGGGAAAGGGUUAUAUAAUAUUGUCUCU